AUUGCUGUAAGUGAGCUAGCCCUCUCAGGCAAACUCUUACAUUCUUAAGGUUUGCUCUAUUGAACCUAUAAGUUAUAUGAGUAAUUGAAUGUCUAGAGAUUUGGCACACAUUUUGAACCUUUUCUGUCUGUGCACGAGAAUGCAUAUUCACUUGAUUUUCAUAGAUGGUUAAAUUGAUUAAAACUUUGAAAGUUAUAGAAGGUGUAAAAAGAACAAAAAAUAUGGGGAAAACAUGUAGCAAAACACAUCCUGUGACACAUGCUAUGGUCUGGUUUCCCAAACCAGUCCCAGACCCAUCCAAAACAAAAGAGCUAGAACUUCUUUUCUCACUCACCAUCUUCCACUGACCUUGAACCGAGUCUUUAAUGUAGAAGUAGUUGGAGAGACAAAACACUGGACUCAAAGCUCCAGAAUGCAAUGUAUGAUAUACUCGUGCUUGAGUUAAAACUGCCUGGAAAGUUAGUGAUUCAUGAGACGACAGCCACAGUGCUGUCGAUGGGGGUAUUAACAUGAACAUUAAAGCUUUGGAAACUUAACUGUUUAGGUGAGGAGGUGAGGGAACUGGACAGACUAAAGGACUAAAGCGCUGCUGCAUUGCUUUCUUUAGGUAGAGGUGAAGCAAGGGCUAAAUCCCACUGGCACUGGUACCAAUGGGUAGUCCAGUGGCAUAAUGUAGGAAACCUGUUGAUCAUAGAAGUUUAGAUUUAAAAAAAAUAAAUAAAAAUCAGGUAAGAAUUUCAGAGCAAAAUAAAACUUGGCUGCCAUUGAAGAUCCAUCCAUACAUGAAUCCAUCCAUUUUCUUCGGUUAUUCUUCAUCAGUCUAAGCAGAGAUGCUCAGACCUCCCCUUCCCUAGCCACCUCCUCCAUGUGGAUGCUUCCAGGCCAGUCAAGAGAUAUAAUCACUCCAUCUAGUCCUUGGUCUGUCUCUAUCUCUGAAUUCUCCCUGUUGAACAUGCCUAAAACAUCUCAUCAGGGAGAUGUCAGGAUACUGAUGCCUAGACAGAUGCCUGAACCACCUCAACUGGCUCCUUUCAAAGCAGAGGAGUCCUGACUCUACUUUGAGCUCUCCCCGAAUGUCCGAGCUCUUCACCCUAUCUGAAAGGCUGAGCCUAGCCACCCUAAAAAGGAAGCUCGUUUUCGACGCUUGUAUCUGCAACCUCAUUCUAUCGGUCACUACCCAAAGCUCAUGAUGACAGGUGAGGGUUGGGACGGUUCAAUCAAUAGCUUUGACUCUGGCUCAACUCUCUCUUCACCACUGAAGAUCAGAUGUUAAUAAUGAACGUUAAUAUGCACAGUAUUGGGUGGAUUUUUCCUUUAGGUGCUUUAAUUAAAUCAUGGUUUCUCAGCUCUGAAGGGUUUCAAGUAUUCCCUGCUUCCAAAAAAAAAAAAACAGACUUAUUGAGAAUUUGACAAUUACUUCAUGAGCUGAAUUGUUUGUGUUAGGAGCAGGAGAAAUGUCAAAUGUCUCUUGCCAUUGCCAGAAGUGUCAUAAUCUCAGUUUGUACAUGAUCGUGUCUUAUUUCAGAGUUGUAUGUCAGUAUACAGUUAACUUUAGGAGACCAUUUUCUAGGCACAGAAUCACAACACUUUACUGAAAAAGAUUUUCUAGGGACAAUUCCUGCGACACUGCAAUUCUGUCUGGGUGGAAGCUUAAUGUCUACACUAAAGGCAUUUAUAUGAAUAGCAUGGAGGAUGAAACUCAGGAAGAAAUUCUUGGCCAAUUUAAAGAGAAGCGGCUUGGGGGAUGGGGUCUGUUACAGGUGACAGUGGGGACAGGACUGGCGGUCUAUGCCAUGUGGGCAGGGAUUCUGAUGCCUGGGUUUCGCAGAGUGCCUCUGAAACUACAGGUGCCUUAUAUACCAGCCAGUAAACGACAAGUGUGUAACGUUAUGACUCUGCUGAAGGGCCGCUCUGGAAGUCUUGCUGACUUGGGCUCGGGAGACGGUAGGAUUGUCUUAGAAGCGAGCCAACUGGGUUUCUCUCCUGCUGUAGGCUAUGAGUUGAACCCGUGGCUCCUCCGGCUGGCUAGAUUUCAUGCUUGGAAAACUGGCCAUUAUGGGAAGGUCUCUUACCGUAGGGAAGACCUGUGGAAGGUCAAUCUUUCGGGCUAUGAGAACAUCACAGUGUUCUUGGCGCCAAGUGUGCUCACACUUUUGCAAAAGAAGUUACUAGCCGAGCUCCCUGAAGAUGCCAUGAUUGUUGCUGGACGCUUUCCCUUCCCUGAUUGGACGCCAUGCAGGAUCGAAGGGGACGGUGUGGACAGAGCCUGGGCCUACCACAUACAAGCUCUCAGAAAACACCAUCUGUCAUCAAAGGACAGCAAGUCAACUGAGCAAACCAGCUGAAUCAGGAGUCAUGUGACUGUUUAAAAACAAAAAAGGGACUCUCCAACCCUACUCUUUUAUUGCUCUUUUAGUGAUUUUAUGAUGGUUUUACUAGACAGUUUUAUUUCUGCUAAAAGGGCGUGUUGUAUACUGAUGUAACUUUCACUAUUGCAUACUGUUCACACAUGCUUGUAGCACCACUGUUGAGAGUUUAAGAUGAUCCAGGAUACCAGACACAAUUGUUGCUCUUCUGGUCAUGUGACUUGGUGGUUGGUGGUAUCUACAUCCACACUCAAUGUCCGGUUUAUUAUUUACUACUAAAUUAUGCUAGUGCCUGCUUCCCUAUUUAGCAGUACCACACACUAAAAUGUCACUUCCUGUCAGUGUCUACCCUUUGCAAGUAACAUCUGGCCAGCAUUAGUAUUAUGGUGGUCAGUGGCCACUGUUGCUUGGUGUACAGGGGGACUAACAAAUGGUAGAUCUCGAGAGAUGCUAUAGAGAGGCUAUAUUCAGUGUACACAAAUAUAAAGCUGUGCUGCAUAAAAUGACCAGUGAAUGUAUGUAGAGGUGCAUAUAGUAUACAAGUCUAAUUUCCAGUAUUUAGUUAACAGUAAGUAUAUAAUACAUAUGUGUCAUCAUACAAACAGGGACACAGUACUUAGGUAUCUCAAGCAGAUUGACUGAUAAACCUUGUUUACCGGAAGUGUUCCUUUUAUGUGAUGUGUAGAAACCCCAGAUCUGCAUUUUUCAAAAUCACUCUUUGUCUGAGUGUGUGAGGUCUUUUUGAAGCACCCAGGUUACUUCCUGUUUCUCUAUGUAACCUAAUUGAUUUCACACAUGCUUAAAAAAAAUAAAUGAAUGUAUUUGA